AUGUCCAUGGAUAAACAAUGAGAUGUGACAGCUCCAAAACCGAUCUGAUCACCGUUUAAGGCAUACUUCUGCAGCUUCCCCCUCGUCGCCUCCGUUCUGCAGAAAAAACCUUCCAAAGUUUUAACAACGGAUUCAUAUAUGCGGACAUCUUCCAGACCACAACCCCUGCUGUGCAUCUGACCCAGCUAGCCUGCAGCCCAACAUCUCUCCAUCACCGGAAAAGAAGAAACAGAAUUUCACUUCAGACCAAGCCUGUUGACACCACGGCCGGGGCCGGUCGAGGCACCCGAUUUCUCCCCAGGUUAGGAGCUUCAUAGAGUUCACACUAGAAUUUAGAGGAUAAAAAUAAAUCGUAUGCCUUUAUCAAUCUGUUCUUGAGUAAUUUUGGCAUCUAUAAAGCAUCCUUAAAUAAAUAAGUUUCCAUGGCAGGCAAUGACCUGCCAACUCUGGGCCGUGUCACGCUUGUUGACCUAAUUCCAUCAGAAGGCCUUCCUUCCGAUUCCUACAAAUUAUCAGCCUCUACCCUGUCCCAAUCAUUAGCUCACUAUUCGGCAGCCAUUAUCAAGCUACCCACCAGCGAUGGUGCUCUCUUAAGGUCUUGUCUUGAGUCUGUCCGACUCUACUUUCACCAAAAGCCUUCAUACCCUUCCACAGAUGAAGUGAUUCAUCCUGAUGAUUCUCGGGAGUGGUGCAAGACGUCUGGCUACCAUUCAGAUCCGCAACUAUGGCAAGAAACAUUUGAUUACCGACCAGGAUUAACUCCUACUGACCCCAACGAUGGAGGUGAAUUUCCACCGGCUGGGUUAGCGGACGUGUUUGCAUUACUUGGCAAAACUGCUAGAUACGUACUGGAUGCCAUUAGUUUCUACUUAAACCUUCGCAGCUCACCCUUCACUGAAAUUCUUGAUAAUGUACCUUUGAGGAAUCGUGAGAUAUCAUCUUCGGUUUUAUCUGUUUCAUGUCAUGGAAGGCCAUCUUUUCAACACCAUAAUCUGACGGGUCAAGAUGGUGGUGAUCAGUUGGUUAUGCUAUCGGAUCACGAGCAUCAGGUUGACAGAAGCCUUUUAACUAUUCUCAAGACAGAUAGGCCGGGAUUACAUGUCAGAGAUUUUCAUGGUCGUUGGGUUCUUGUGGAUGCUGACCUUGGACCACAAGAAGCAAUCAUUUAUACAGGACUUGCUUUGUACCAGGCAACUGCGGGAAAUAUCAGCACCGCUGUUCAUAGGAUGGAUAUUGGCAAUCUGCAGGGGCAUCAUCUGCAUGGAGGAAUAUGUUCACUGGCUUUUAAACUCAUGCCUAAAUCCGUAGCUAGUCUGAACUGUUCUGAGAUGAGAGCUGCUGGUUAUGGCGUUGAAGCUCAUUUUCAACUACCUCUACCUGUAGAUGACUUCAUGCAGCGAUCAACUGAUCAACUUCUCAGUAGGAACAAUUUUCCCACUUUCAGUUUCCCCACCACACAAGACGGAAGUUGGCGGAUCAAUGAAAUGCUGGUUACAGGAUCUAUGAGGACAUCCGAAACAACGAAAAGGAAGAACAAAUCAAGAUCUAAAGCUCUUCCUCCUUCAAAGAGGUUACGGCUGGAGGCACAGAGAGUUCUCAAGGAGAGAGUUCAGGACAUUGCGGAUAAGAAGGGCAUAAAGAUGAAGUUCUGCAACCUGAAGGAUUGUGAGACCCAUAUUCAAUCUACUGACAGCCCGUGUGCUUCCAUUAGAAUGGAGAUAGGGUGGCCACAAGGAGUCCCGUUUGCUCAUCCACAUGAUCUUCCAAACAAGGCAAAGCUUGGAUUUCUUGAGACCUACGAACCUGGUUGGUCUGCCACACAUGACAUGGAGUUAAGUCUUUUUGAAACUGGAAAGCCAAGUCAUCAACUUCCUGGCCUUAAUUGCGACUCUCUAAUUUUUGUCUUGAUUUGAUUAUUCGUUAGUUGCUCCCCAGUAUUACCCACCUUUUAAAUUGUUACUCCUUUCAUCAGAUAGAUAAGUACAGCUGUGUUUCAAAGCUUAUUCCAGACAAGUUUAGUUUAACAAACAAAUAAAUUUUAUAAAUAUAAUUAGGAUAGAUAGUUUACAUGAGAUGUACCUUAUCCUAGUUGAAAGGUUGUACCUUAAUGAAACACACAAUUCUCAUUUACGGCAUGGAGAGAGUUUACCAAUCUUUCCACAAGGAAAAAGGGGGGUGCUCAGUUUUGGCUAAUGGUCUUUAGAUAUUGAAAUAUAACGGUUACAAUUACAUUUCAGUACACUAAAGGAUAUACAUCAUUCCUGCAAUUUUAAAGUAGAUAACAAUAUAUUUUGACGCGCCACAUUAUACUCCCUACGUCCUAUUGGACUUUUGUAAACUUUCCUUUUUUGGUUUUGUCAAAAUCUUUGUCACAUUCCCAUAACUAAUUCGUGGUUUUGCUUAUUUCUCUCUCAUUUGUAAAAACAUCAAAGACAAUAUUAUUCUACUUAUUUCUGAAACUCCAACCUUGCAUAGUUGGAGUUUUUCAUCUCUUACCAUUUUUAGCAUACAAUGACUUUUUUAGGCGUGACAAUAUAAUUGAAUUUACUUAUGUCUCUCAUGUUUAAUUAUAGAGUAUCUAAAAAGUUACCAAUAUACCCCUUCCCCCAAUUUUUCGGUGUUUUACUCUGUAUUUAAGUUAGAAAUUCUAGCUUAGGUAGCAUUUUGAUCUAGACUUGAUACAUUGUAAAAUGUUAUCUUUUGACGGUUUCUAAUAUACUUACAUGUUAUCGUCGGUGUUUUACUCUGUGACAUUAUUACACCAUCACUUAUUUAUGAUUGGCAUCUGAGUUUCUGUUUGAUUUUUUUUGUAGGAAUCCAUCUCUGGAGUUUCCAGAAUGAAUUUACAACUGAAGACAAUGGUUUUUCAUUUUUUGGUAGCCUGUGGUUGGGUGUGCAACAUGCUUUUGCCUUGUUCUGCAUUGCUAGUAUGUAUGUAAUAGGUAGUGCUGUGUUUCACUUAAGGUAUCUUUGUUAUGCUGUAUUUUUAAUGGGCAUUUUUUUGGGGCGGGGGAUAUGCGAAAUUCCGGAAUAAUGUUACAGCUUGGGACUUCACCCAUAGCUUUCUGUAGAUAAGAUCAUAAAAUAUAGAGAUGAGAAAUGUAUAUGGUGUGGAAAUCUGUCUCCAUUAAGUCUGUAACACAGCACACUGUGCAUGCAUUUCAUAAGAUUCAAUGUUCUAAAAGGCGUUAGGCGUUAGUCGGGCACUAGCCUAGACGCCUAGGCGGGGACUAGUCGGAGAC